AUGGCGUCUUCCACUUCGCUCCGGUUGUUGAUCACCGUAAUGAUGCUCCUCUUCCAUUGUUCAUCCGCGGUCGCGCUUGACCGCAUCGCCUGUCAGUUUCCCACUCCAGAUCCGCUUGCAGGUUGCCCUGCUGGUACCCUCCUCGUCGGACCACCUUCUACUGGCGCGCCGUUCAGCUCCAUUCAAUCUGCAAUUAUUACUAUCCCGAAUGACACUACGUCGUACACGGUCCUCAUCCUACCCGGAACCUACACCGAGCAGGUCAACAUCACACGGCCGGGACCACUCACGCUACUUGGACAGACAGACGUGCCGACGAACCAGUCGUACAACGCAGUCACAGUCGCGUGGGCAGCAGUCGCAGGCCCCAGCGACAACGCACGCACCAGUACGCUCACGGUGGCGCCUCCGAGGGGCUCGUCAAUGGGGUCCACGGACUUCCGGGCAUACAACAUCGAUUUCGUCAACGACUAUGCGCCCUACUCUGAUACGCCGAGCCUCGCAAUCGAUAUAAGCUACGCGAAUGCCGGCUUCUACUAUUGCGCGUUCUACAGCUAUCAAGACACGAUCUAUAUCGGCACGCUUGGGAACUCAUACAUGUAUUCGAGUACUAUCGCAGGACAGACCGACUUCCUCUUCGGAUAUGGCACGCUCUGGAUACAAUCGUCCAUUCUCAGUUUACGCAGCUGCGGGGGAGGUAUCACCGCAUGGAAAGGUACCAACACGACAUUCGACAACAUGUAUGGUGUAUACAUCCACGAUUCUGCCGUGCUUCCCGAAAAUGCCACCGUCGCAGCUGAAGAGGUCGGUAAAUGCGCGCUAGGCAGACCAUGGAACGCCCAGCACCGCUCGUUGUUCGCGCGCACAUAUCUCUCUCCGGAGAUACGCGCGUCUGGUUAUAUCCCGUGGCAGGAAACGGAUCCUCGCAUAGAUUACAACACUACCAUGGCGGAGUACCAGACAUACGGACCAGGCUUUAACCUCACGGGGCGUCUUGAUGCGGGUGUGGAGUUCAACUUGACGCAAGGUCCGCUGACGGCGCAUCCGAUUUUAACGGAGGAGGAAUACAUCUCAGGUGGCUAUAGUAGUCCGGAGACGAUCUUUCAGGACGACCAGGGGACGUUCGGGUACACAGGCUGGAUCGAUAGGACGCCUUGGCUCUAG